GAUAGUUGAAAAGGGUUUGUGGUUUGGGUGGGGCAGUUAUUCACCCCUUUCGAGACAGGCGCGAUUUGAACUACGGUAACGCGCAGCCGGCGUCGCGACGCUGAACAACGUGUAGUAUGACUCGAGUAAUAAUUCGGAACGUUGGCUUGUGCGGUAAACGCGCGGGAAGACGUCGAAAAAUCCAUCACAUAUCAUUUUUUUGGUGAUGCCUUUCUAGGUAGAUGUUCAUGGUAAUUUCAGUGCCUCCUAACAGUAUUCAUGUUGUGGUCUAGUGCAUCAAACAAGUGCUGUGUUCUUGUGAUGUGCAGAGGUACGUGACAUCACAAUUACGAUGUAGAUCGUAGUUUGUAAUAAAUAAGUAAGCGAACUCCAUAAAGGUAUAAUACUUGGAGAUUUUGAGCCAUCCUUAGGACUUCUGACACAAAAGGAUUAACUGAAAGAUAGGCCUUGCGAUAUAAUGAGUAGUCAAGACGAGACGGCGAGCCUUUUAGUUGGUGGGCCCCCUUUAACGACGGCAUCUUCUCCGGCAAACUGCUCAAAGCCCGUUUUGAUGCGUCAGGAAUGUACGACGUUCUUAGUAUCAUCGCACCAUCCGCAGCUUUCCGUAUUUUCUGACAGCGAGGAGGAUGGCUCCCUCUGCCUGGAAGAAAAUAGCACCCGCUCUGUACCGGAUAUAGAGCUGCAUUGCAGACUGGACGUGAAGGGAUGUAAACAGAACUUAUUAACAAAUAUUCCAACAAGAAACAGAAGUUCUUCAAAUGCUUUCCAAUUAGCCCCACAUACCUCUCCUAGAGGGGCUUUGGAACAACGGCGCACAUCUCAAACACCAACAUCAGCUUUAAAAAUUGUCAGAUCGGUUUCCAGGGAGAGUGUACGAUCCGCACAUCACUGCACCUGUCCGUGCCUAAAUGCUCCGGCGGUGCAGAAGAAGCCGCGUCUUUUGAGAUUUUGGGCGUCAUGCAGUUCCUGUCCUGCACCGCCUACAGUGGUAACAACGCUACCAGGCUCUAGAAUAAUAAGGCAAAGUUCACAACCCGAAGCGUCGGCGCCGUGUUGUGUCCAUGGAGCUGCUCCUUCCACAUCCUUAAGGCAACUGCGUGAUCACGGAGAAGGUGGAAUCGCGGGAAUCGCCGCCGACUCGCUCCGUAUCAACGGUGCGAUGCGAAAUUUCCGUCAGGGUUCGGGGUUGUUGAUGUCGUCGCAGUCCAUGGUACAAGCGCGACGAACUCGUCUAAAGCGUGCCUUGACAGAAGUUACCAAGCGAGAUUACAAUAGCGAGAGGGGGAAAAAGUCUAAGCUGGGUUUUGGGAGCAAUCACGUACAAGCUGUUUGUGCGUUUUUUUUUAUUGUGGAAAAUUCAGUCUAA